CAUUAUUGUGUGCUAAAGUGUGUAGCAAAACGGCAAACCCAAAGGCAAGUCGUUCUGUGUCACAUAGUGAGAGUUUAUUUUCCAGCCUAAUUAAUAUGAAUAUUAUAUUUUACCCAAAGGUGACUUAUAAUAUUCGUAUGGCGUAUUAUUAAUAUUCCUAUAGCGUAUUUUAGCCUAAUUAAUAUGAAUAUUAUAUUUUGCCCAAAGGUAACUUAUAAUAUUUGUAUGUCGUAUUUUAUCAAUAAAAAAAAUGUCCGUAACACUUGAGUGUUGGACAUAGCCAACGCCAAUCCAACACUCAAGUAGGACCUUAGUUUAGUCUAUUUUGGUGUUAUGAUAGACUUUAUCUUCAAUAUGCUGAAAUUUGCUUACUUUAUGUGAUAGCCCCUAUAUGUCAUAUUUCACUUUUGUUCUUCUAAAUUUAUGUCUUAAUUGCAUUGAUUCAGCGACUAAUCUAUGUCUUAACCAUGGGAUUUAACCUCAAACUGACACUAACUUCUCUUCAUAGCGAGAUACUGUCAAAUUAACCCUUGGAAUGAUAAGUUUAGACUAUGCCUUGAGGCAUGAUCCUCCCGCUCCACUUACUGAUGAAAGUUCACAAGAGCAAAAAUGAGUGUAUGAACAGUGGGAGUGAUCAAACAAAAUGUCUCUCAUGGUCAUAAAGAAUUCCUUCUCGAUUGCCAUUCGCGGAGCCAUACCUGACUCAGAAUAUGCUAAAGAGUAUAUGAACUCCGUUGAAGAGCAAUUUAAAGGCAUUAUCAAGGCACAUGCGAGUACUUCGAUUCUAAAAAUGUUGAUGACAAAGUACGAUGGUGUGAGCGGUGUGCGUGAGCACAUCAUGAUGAUGACCGACAUGGCCCAUAAACUUAAAGCCAUGUGCGUACAAGAGGAAGAGCGCUUAAAGAUUGAAAAGCCCGAUGUUGCUUAUGUGACAACCACACACCAGAAAAAGAAAGGCAAGUAUAAUAUCACAGAGAGCUCAAAGAUCCAGCAAACAAAUGCAAAUGCGGCUUUUGGCUCUACCGCUCCUAAGGGUCCUUUUCGUUGUAAAUUCUGCCAUCAGAAAGGGCAUAGCCAA